AUCGCUCUGCAACGAAGAGCGCGCGUGCAAAUGAACAUCGGGGCACCAGCGGUCAAGACGAGACGGCGCGCGAAGCAGUGACACUUAUACAAAUCUUUUGCAGAUUUGUCUUUUAAUAGUACCAGAAAUAUAAAGUGUAACACAAUGUUAAUGCACGGAGGACAAUGAGCAUACCUGCGGACAUCGGACAAAGGACGGUGAUUCGUUAAGAGAGGAAAGGACAAGGGCGCACGGCGAUCACCAAGUUCUCUCAAGUGAUAUCAUUCGGCUCGAUUCGUAAAGAAAUGGAGAAUUUAUAUUUUUAAUAAUUUAUUAACUGGUUCCUCCCAUAUAUUACAAAUACCAGCACGAUACUAUAUUGAAGACUAAAUCGAUGUAUUCAGCUUCAAAGAACAGUUAUUUUUCGCUUAAGAAACUCUGGAGAAAUUGACUUUGAACGGGCAUACCUAAAAUAUUAUCUAUUAGUUCAGAAAAUGCUGAAAUUUCACAAUUCCGACCUACGGAUUGCUUGGCUGUUGUUCUUUUGCAUGGAAGUGUAUGUGCUCUCACUGGAGGUGACUGUGAGCCAGAGCAGUGUGCAGGUUGCAAGAGGACAGGCGGCCAUCUUGCCCUGCACAUUCACCACAAGUGCGGCCCUCAACAACCUCUAUAUCAUCUGGAUGGUCACACCACUGGCCAAUGCUAACCAGCCAGAGCAGGUGAUCAUCUACCAGGGGGGUCAGGUGUUCAGUUUAGCCAAUCACAUGGCAGGCCGUGUGGGCUUCGUGGCCACCAUGCCCAGCACAAGUGCCUCCAUCUUCAUCAACCACACCCAACUCUCUGACACAGGCACCUACCAGUGCCUUGUCAACAACCUGCCUGACAGAGGAGGUCGCAAUAUCGGUGUGAUUGGGCUGACAGUGCUCGUCCCUCCUUCUGUACCAGUAUGUCGUAUCCAGGGCUCUCUGGACGUGGGCAGUGACGUGAUGCUGCUCUGUGGCUCUGAUGAGGGCAUCCCCACCCCCACCUACUCAUGGGAGAAGCUCAAUUCUGUGCCCCGGCUUCCCCACACUGCCACGCAAGACCAGACGCAGGGCACAACGUUGCUAAGGAACAUCAGCGUGGGCACCUCCGGCCUUUACCAGUGCACAGCAGCCAAUGUCAUCGGCAGGAGCACGUGCCUGCUCAACCUUCAAGUGGUGGCGCCUCAGCCCCAGAGUGUAGGCCUCAUCGCAGGAACCGUUGCCACCGCUGUUCUUGCUGUCGUGAUCUGCUCACUGCUGGUGGUUGUCAGCCUCUUCUACUGGAGGAACAAAAACAAAUAUGAUGAGGAUGAAAUCCCUAAUGAGAUCAGAGAGGAUGACCUUCCUCCGAAGAGGUCUUCUUCAGUGAAGGCAUUCCAUGCAGAUGCUUCAUCCUCAGAAAAUGACACACUAACGUCCACAAACACGUACAACAGCCGCUACUGGCACAACCCCAAAGCUAACUACGAUACAAACUCCUACACCCGCUACAAUGGUGACACACUGCAAACCUUCACUGUCGGGGGUGGUAACAGCAGUGGGGGCGGAACUGCCACUGGGACUGCCCCCAUCCACACCGCCUACACCAAUGGCAGUCAUACCUUGCCACCGCCCAAAACUCUAGUUGUCACUACUAACUCCGCCCCCUCGCCACCUGCCAUAACACGCAGCAACGGCUCCCUGAGUCUGCGGCCACCCGUUUCCACGACACCAGGGCCAGCCCACGGGCCACAUGUGCACACACACUCGUACGCAGUGAGCCAGGCGGCGCUGGAGCGCAUGGGUGCCGUACCUGUCAUGGUGCCCGCCCAGAGCCGCGCCGGCUCACUUGUCUGACACAAACACAAACAAACAAAACAGACUUGAGUUUUAUGAGAGUUCAUCUAAUGCCAACUGACCGGUCAACAUGUGAACAGCAAUCUAGUGUGUAUUUCCUGAUUCCGCUGUAUGUAUGUUUUGGCAAUAAGUAAGGCUCUCUCAGAGGUCCAAAGACAACCAUCAAUGACCUGAAGCACAGGUCUGUGGAGGACACACAAAACGUCUCCUCAAUCAACAAAUCUUCUGGACCAGCCCGUGCAUCUGGAUGCACUGGAUCUGGACCACAAGGAUUUUCUGCCCAGCUUCAUACACUCCGUCACAAGAGCUGCUCAAGUCAAGUCAAACAACUUUUGCAGAAAGAGAAAAAACCCUGCUAACAACCUCCAGAUCAAAAAUGGAAUCACUGAACUUAUUGCACAUAACUUAAAUUAUAGUGGCUGGUGGGCUGACCUAUGAGAUCCCAUGGAAAAGGAUGCCAUAGCAUAGAAGCUUGAAAAAAUGUAAACCACUACUAAGAUGGACCAUCUGACAUGUUUCUGAUGCAGUUUUGCUUGGUAACCACAUUGUUAAGAAAUAAUUUGCACUGGAGCUAUAAUUUCCCCCAUAUUCUUGAUUUUUCAUUAAUUAUUCUCAUUUGAGUUAAUUUAAAGUAAAUCUUAUUGAGUACUGUUUCACAGACCUUACAUAUAACAUAGCCAUAGCCUACCUCUAAAAACAACUUCAAAUAAAAUAGUAUAUGCAUAAUGUUAGAUCUUUUACAUAAUUAUUUUUUUCUUGACAUGGCAGACUAUAAAUAUAUCCCAAAUCUUCAAAAAUUAAAACAAAAGGACUAAUGUCAUAACAUAAAAUAACAUUUAUUAAACAAAAUCCAGUUCUGUUAGGUGCUACAUUGUCAAAAAGAGGCAUAUUGUCCUGUAUGACAAGGUUAUAAUAGAUGUUUGAAAAUAUUAACAAUUAUUGAUUUUAAUUAUUUGUUUUUCUUUGAUAUGUUAAUGUAAAUAUUGUAAGUAAUUGUAGUAUAAAAAGAAAUUAAAACACACUUUUGCCCAAAACAUAUCUUUGUGGAGUUCAAUUAAGCAAAGUUUAAUUUGGGGGUAUGUGUGGAAAUUGCUGAAUUCAAUUUGAACCUUAAAUUGCAUAAACUGUGUUUUUAUCUGCAGGUACCUAAUACCGAACUGUCUUAUUGAUACUACGUUGUACUAGUUGAAAUAUAUUGUGCCUUAUUAUGAUCUGGGGUAGUGAAUUAACAGUCAGGUUCAACUUGUUAUCUGCACUUUCAGAUUAAAUGAGAACGUUCAUCUCUA